AUGCCCUGUAAAAUAGUGGCAAAAUUAGAUCAUUUUGAGGUUUUGACUGUUUCAUUGUUUACAGAAAGAGAAGAAAGAAUAAAGGAGGAAGAAAGAACAAGGAAACAUCGAGAGAAAAGGGAACAAGCACACGAGAAUGACACAAGUAAUGAGAGUUAUAGAAGACAUCCAAGAUUUCAGAAAGAAGAUGGUGAACAUAAAUAUAGAGAAUUCAAAGCAGAGGACAAGAUAUUACUUGAUAAAGAACAAGGAAGACGAAAGACAAAACAUGAAAAAGAGAUGAGCAGAAAGCCUAAAGAACAAAAAGACAUUGAUAACCAGUUUAAAGAAAGUGUACAAGACCAAAAACAAAGAGGAGUUAAAGAAGAAAGCCAUGCAUCCACGUACAAAAAUCUAGAAGAGCAGCACAAAGAAAAAAGAGCCAAGGAAUUGCAAUCUGGUGAAAGAGACAGAGCGAGAAAACAUACAGAGCAAAGUAAAGGAAGAAAUACAGAAUCUGAUUUUGGUGGUGGAAACCAGAAGGUAAGAGAAGAGCAGCAGGAAAGGAAAGACAGAUCUGUGAAAGAGAAAUCAUUUGAUAGAGAUGAAAAGAAAAGACAUCAGGAAAAGAAAGGAAGAGAUGAGAAGGACUUGAUAGAGGAAUUCGCUGAUGGAGACCAGAACAGAAAAUUCAGGAAAAGGAAAGAAGGAAACUUUGAAGGACAGUCUAGUGACAGAGAUCAGGAAAAACAGCACAGAGAAAGGAAAGGAAGAAGAGACAUUGAAGGACAGUUUAGUGAGAGAGACCGAGAAAAAAGACACAGGGAAAGGAAAGAAAGAAAAGAAAGAGAUGUGGAAGGACAAUCCAAUGACAAAGAUCAAGAAAUGCAACAUAAGGAAAGGAGAGAGAGAGAUAGGGAAAGACGUCACAGGGAAAAGAAAGAAAGAAAAGAGAGAGAGAUGGAAGGACAAUCUAGUGAUGAAGAUGAAAAAAGACGACGCAAGGAAAAGAAAGAAAGAAAAAGAGAUGUAGGAAGACAAAAAGAGCAUAAAGAAAGCAAAGACGGGGAAGACUUGGAAAGAAACAACAGCACUAAGGAGGAUGAAAAGGAAGAAAUUAUUAUUGAAGACACACCUACCACUGAGCAAGUUUUUGAAGCCGACUAUGAAGAAGACUUUGAACAAUAUGAUGAUGAUUUUGAAGAAGAUGAUGGUGAGGGAGGGGAUAAAACAGAAGAUGAAAGGGAGAGUACUUCAACUCAUACAAAUCCAGAAAUUGAAGAAAUUCGUAGAGCUAUUAUUGCAGAAAAUGAAAGAAUUAGUAGAGUUCCUACAGCUCGUAAUCAAGAAGUGAAUGCAGAACAAACAAAAUCAGCUAAAGAAGCUACUCCUAGUGGAAGUUCUCGUGGAACUUUUUUUGAUUUUGUUGCAGCCAAGCAGCGGCAAGUUAGUCAUCAGAUGGCUAACAAGCAAAAGUAAGUUCGAAUAAAGUUC